AUGAAGCAUGUCACUUAAACAGAGUACGGUGGUCCACAAGUUCUAAAAUUAGGGGAAUCAGAAAUACCAAAACCAUUAGAGAACCAAUCAUUAGUAGAAAUCAAAUCAACAUCAAUAAACAGAGCAGACACUUUAUAAAGAUAAGGGCUUUAUUCCAUGCCAAAGGGAGUUACACCGAUAUUAGGGUUGGAAUUUGCUGGUUAUGAACUCGAUGAAAAUGGAAACAGAACAAGAAAAGUUAUGAGUAUCUUGCCAGGAGGUGGAUAUUCUUAAUUUGCAGUAGUCAAUAAAGAUCAUUUGAUUGAUGUUCCUGCUAACAUCCCUUUAGAAAUUGCUGGAGGAAUCUCUGAAGUUUAUUUGACUGCUUAUCUCUUGUACAAAUUAUCGGAUUUAAGAAAGGGAGACUCGUGUUUAAUUUAUGCUGCAGCUUCAGGAGUUGGAUAAGCUGCUUUGCAAUUGGGCAACAUCUUUGGAGUGAAUACAAUAGCUAGUUGUUCUAAAGGAAAGGUUGAUGCUAUUAAAAAAUACACCAAGAACAUUAUCAUAAGAGAUGAUACAAUUGAAGAAUAGUUCAAAUAAUUGCAGAAUAUUUGUCCAUAAGGGGUGAAUGCAGUAUUUGAUUGCAUAGGAAAACAAAAUUACAAAUUAACUGUUGAUAGUUUAGCAAUUGAUGGAAAAUGGAUUUUGUAUGGUUUAAUUACAGGAGGAUUAGUUGAAAAUUUCAAUUUAGCCUCUUUAUUGCAUAAGAGAAUAAGUUUAAUCAAUACCACUUUGAGGUCUCGACCUGAUGAAUUCAAGAAGAAUUUGAUAGAAGAAUUUAACUAAAAUGUUUUACCAUAUAUUGCUAAUGGAGCAAUUGAUAUUCCAGUGGAUUCUAUAACAAAAAUAAAAUGGGAUCAAAAUGGAAUUAAUGAAUUCAUUAGAUUACACACAGAAAUGGAGUAGAAUAAGAGUGCUGGAAAAUAGAUUGUAGCUUUCGAAUGA